UACUAUUUUAGCAAGAGAGAACUUAUGGAAAGCUUUUCUCACUGCCCACAAAGGCAGUCGCGGUAGUAGGUAGUCUCGGGUUCGAGAGUCAGUUGCAUUUCAAUCGAGUGGACGGUAGCAUGUGGACUCUGUUGACUCUCGUUUUUGUUGCCGGCGCUCUGAUUUAUGCCCGGCUGCGACGGCACUAUGACUACUGGCGUCGCAGAGGCGUGGCUGGGGAGAAGCCAGAACUUUUCCUGGGCAAUAUGCGUGGCUUUGGCAAGAAGCUGCACUGGACAGACAUCAAUCGUCGAAUCUAUCAAAAGUUCCGACAAACCGAACGCUACUGCGGCUACUUCACCUUCCUGAACAAAGCGCUCUUUGUGAUGGAUCUGGAACUGAUAAGGAAAAUAACGAUAAGUGAUUUCAGCAGCUUUGCGGACCGUGGCCUCUUUCACAAUGUCAGGGACGAUCCGUUGACCGGAAACCUUCUAUUUCUGGACGGGCCCGAGUGGCGCUGGCUGCGACAAAACCUGACGCAGGUUUUCACCUCCGGCAAGAUGAAGUUUAUGUUCCCCACCAUGCUGAGCGUGGGCGAAAAGCUCACCCAGGCCUGCCAGCUGCAAGUGGGUGAGAUAGAGGCCAAGGACUUGUGCGCCCGCUUCAGUACGGAUGUCAUUGGUAGCUGUGCCUUUGGCCUGGAGUGCAACAGCCUCAACGAUCCCAAUUCGGAGUUCCGUCGCAUGGGUCGCUCAGUGACAACCAAUCCGCUCCACUCGGGCUUGGUGCAGGCCUUCAUGUUUGCCCAGCCCAACUUGGCGCGGCUGCUGCGAAUGCGACUCUUCCGGCCCGAGGUGAGCGAGUUCUUCCUGGACACAGUCCGCCAGACACUGGCCUACAGGAAGCGCGAGAAUGUGCAGCGCAACGAUUUGAUCCAGCUGCUAAUGGAACUGGGUGCAGAGGGGACCAAGGAUGGGCUCUCCUUGGAGCAGAUUGCCGCUCAAGCCUUGGUGUUCUUUCUGGCCGGCUUCGAUACUUCCUCGACAACGAUGUCCUUCUGCCUAUAUGAAUUGGCUUUGAACCCCGAUGUACAGGACAGAUUACGCAGUGAAGUCCUCGAGCUUCUGGGCCGUAACAAUCACCAGCUGACGUAUGAGUCCAUUCAGGAGAUGCCGUACCUGGAUCAGGUGGUGGCAGAGACGCUACGAAAGUACCCCAUACUGCCGCAUCUUGUGCGCCAAACAACCAAGGAGUAUCGUGUGCCGGACAGCAAACUUACUUUGGAGGCAGGCACGAGAGUGAUGAUACCAGUGCACAGCAUACAGAAUGACCCAGAGCUGUAUCCACAGCCCGAAAACUUUGACCCCAGUCGCUUCGAGCCGGAUCAAGUGAAGGCCCGUCACCCGAUGGCCUAUUUGCCCUUUGGCGAAGGUCCGCGCAACUGCAUUGGGGAGCGCUUCGGCAAAAUCCAGGUGAAAAUUGGAAUUACCUAUCUGCUACGCGAUUUCAAAUUCAGCCCAAACGAGCAUACGCAGAUCCCAUUGAAGUUCUCCAGUCGGACUUUUCUUAUAGGCAGCCAAGCAGGCAUUCACCUUAAAAUGGAAAAACUGGCCACACCCUAACCACUGAUAGUGACUGCCAAAAAAAAACACAUAUACAAUGUAUAUAUAUAUCUACAUAUAAUUAUGUGUGUAAGCAGAACACCUAAGACCCGUAAUCUGACUGCUAAAAAGCUUCACACACAAAGAGAAGAGAAGCGAAAUAUGAAAUGUGGUGAGCGGAGAGCGGAGAACAAAUGUAACUGCACUUUAAACAGUGCACAGUGGCUGUAUGCAAAACUUAUGGUAUUAAAAUAAUAAAAUAAUAAUCAAAAUAAAUAAAAUAAAUAAAAAUA